GUGUAUCCCAAAGUCAAUGGAGUCAGAAGCCAGGGUGGACGAGAAACCGUGGGAGACCAAGACGUUGCAUAUGCAGGGAGCAGGCUAGCCCCGCCCAUGAGGGCGCCACCACGCGGCAGCAGAGCUGGGAGCGCUUGCGGCGGGGCGACUACCCCGGGCGACGGCGGCGGCCGCUGGCGCCACCCGCUCGCCUUUACCAUGCGCAUGCUGCGCCUCGCUGGCGUCUGGCGCCCUCGCGACGUCGUCUGGCGCAAGGGAGAGCGGCCCCGAGAUAUUAAGUAUCAAAUUUACACCGUCUUCACUGUCACGCUGUACCUUAUCUUUACGGUGUCGGGCAUGAUAAACAUCAAGUACAGUACGGACAACCUUAGUCACCUCACGGAUGUCGUGUCCAUGGUGGCGGUGAGCGUGUUCAACGGCGCCAAGGAAUCGCGCUCGAAAUCAAUACAAAACUUGGACCAGCGGCUGACUACCGUCACCAAGGUGAUGGGCACGUGGGUCGCGUCCAUAAGCACGUUGUGGAUAUCCGCCCCACUCUUAGCGAAACUUCUGAGCCCCGGUCACCUGCCCGAGCUCGAAGCUGAGUUCAACGCGACCACUACGGCCAGCUUCACCGCCGAGCCUGCCACAGAACCUCCGCCUCCCAGACUCCCCUUCGACUUGUGGUUCCCGCUGGACUUGCGUGACAACCUCAAUUACGCCCUCGGCGUCCUCACUCAGUCUGUCGCCGUGAUCGUGGACGACGCCUACUCGGUGCUGUCCAACAUCUUCUGGAUAGGCAUGCUGUACGGGGGCUGCGUCUGUCUGCGCUUGCUUCGCGCGUCUCUCCGGGAGCUGUCCCCGGAGUCGCAGCCUUCGCCAGACGUUUACCUCGCCAAGUGCAUCCGCCAGCACCAGGCCAUCCUCAGUUUUGUACGAGAAGUAAGCGAAUUGUUGGGUCCUAUUAUAUUAGUGGAGAGUCUCAACAUGAUGGUUUUGAUGACUUGUGUAGUAUUCCACGCAUCCUCGCUUGGAAUCGGCAACGCAAAGGUACUGUCAUCAAUCUCCUUCCUGUGCUACGAAAUGUCGGAACUUCUGCUCUUCAGUUACUUUGCGACAGAGCUUAUGUGGGAGUGCGAACAGGUGGCGAACGACGUGUACUACAGCCAGUGGUUCCGGUGCAGUGUCAGCACGCGCAAGAGCGUGUACUUUGUGAUGCUGCGCGCCUUCACCCCCAGCGUCGUCAACGUCAGCGGCUUCACCGUCCUCGGGCUCGACCUCUUCUCUGCGCUUGUACGAGCCUCCUACUCAAUGCUGGCGGUGCUACAGCAAGCGAACGAUAACUGAACGUGAUGGAGACACCUGAUGUCCCGAAGCAUUCAUCUCACCGAUCUGCAGCUACCGCAAUUCGAAACAGUGUUCAACGAACAAAAUCCAUUACAUUCGUCACAUUAACUUCUGUUGUAUAAUGUGUCAAACUUAGUCUUGGUAUUGUCAUAGUGUAGAUCGUUCUAUAAGAAUAUUUUUAUACUCCCAUUGUAUAAUUCUGUUGAUUAGCUGCAACCAUUUCCAUAACAAUAUAACGAUACAGAUUUUAUUAUAAUACAGGUCCUUUACCAAUCGCAGAGAAAUGUACAAUCUAAGUACUGACAAUUAAUAGUUGUGAAUCUAUCUUGUAAAUGUUUCGUUUGAUUGUGUAUAUUAAAAUUGCAUUUAACAUAAUAUUAGGCUUGUCCAUUUAAAUUAUUUUAUUAGUAGUAUUUUUUUCGUGGAAUACUAUUUAAAAUCAAUUAGAUCGUAAUUUCACUUUCCUAGCGCAGCACUUCCUCGCAGGCGAACUGGUAAUCAAAGUCACUGACGGCAAAGUAGGUUAGGCAUAGCGAGGUGUCCGCUAGGAGGCCAUCGUCGAAUCCUGCAUGUCAACUGUCACGAAACGAUUCAAUGUAAGCAUUUAGCUUAUGAAUGGUACCAUAAGUCGUAGAAAAAGUACCGUCGUAGAAAGAGUAUGAAAUAUGAUGUAAUGGUUAUUAAUACACGAGUGUGAUAUUGCGAUACGAGCGAGGAACGAGAGUAUCGUAAACUUCGAGUUCGCGAGUCUCAUCAUCAUAAAAUCAUCGUUUCAGUGUACUCUUUAUAAACACUAACAUGUACUGUUGUACCGAUAUAAUUCUAACAAACGUAAGAAUAAAAAUAUUGUAUCCAACGAUCGAAACAAAUGAUUGAAUUGUAACAAAGAGUGGCGUAUAAACAGCAACUUCAUAUGUAAAACAAUAAAAUUUCUCAUUUAUAAGGACAUUCUUAAAAUAAAAUGCUAAUAUGGUUCAUUGUAACAGCUCUUACCUAUGACCCGGGAAGACAGUGGGUUCGAGUCCCGACAGUGCAUUUACGAACCUAGCGAGAUAGCUAUUUCGGAUGCUGCCACCAUGGAGAAGAAUUAUAGCGCCAGCUGUUCUGAUAGGUUAAUUUCCGAGGUUUCUACGAAAAAUUCCAGGCGAAUAAUAAGUACUAAUAUAAAUAAUAAAAUAACGCUGAAAAGUGUAUCAAUCUUAAUACAUUUUUAUAUUACAGUAAAGUUGUUUUAUAAUCCAUGAUCUUACCUGUUACCAACACCGCCAGACCAUAUCCGUGUAUUGUCCAAUUUCAGAUAUAUCUUAUUUCGUAAAUAUCUCGUACUUAUUUCAUGAAUAAAUGGAACUAAUUUUUAAAAUAAACCUGAUAUAGAUAUGACAGUUACAUGGUGGAAAAUGGGAACAUUUAGAUGAAAGAUAUAUUUUUAUCUCUAAAAGCAUCUUUAUGAUUUAUUUAAAACCAUUUAUUUUGUAAAUUAUUAUAUUUUACAAAAUUCCAUAGAACAAACAAAACCUUAUACAAAUGUAAUGAUAUAAAAAUAAAUAUGAGUAUAAUUUGAUAAUCAGAAACCAAAAUAAAAAGAAGAGUAUAAGAAAUAAAGGGAAAAAUUCUUUUUAAAAAAUCAUCAUUUUAACGCUUAUCUCCAUGUAGAUAUCACUAUUAUAGAGCAAAAGCUUUGCUAGACACUUUUCAUAUUGGAACAAAAUAGAUUCACUCCAAAUAAAAAUGAAAAAAAGAAAUUAGUCUUCAGUGAAAUAGUCGAGAAAAUUCA